AUAAACCAGCUCUGGUGGGAUUCAUCUCUGUGGGGACAGAGCUAAAGCUAAACACAUGCGAACGGAGUCAUUUGUAUUGUGCGAGAGUUAAGGUAAGUCUUACUGCGGUUUAUUCAGGAACAGUGAGGACCUAUCAGGAUAAUAUGCAGUUCAUGCUGCUGUUCAGUCGGCAGGGGAAGCUGCGGCUGCAGAAAUGGUACGUUGCCCUGUCCGACACACAGAAAAAGAAGAUCUCCCGUGAGGUGAUCCAGAUGGUGCUAGCACGCAAACCCAAGAUGUGCAGUUUCCUGGAGUGGAGAGACUUGAAAAUCGUCUACAAGAGAUAUGCCAGCCUGUAUUUCUGCUGUGCCGUGGAAGACCAGGAGAAUGAACUAAUAACCCUUGAGAUCAUCCACAGAUACGUAGAGCUGUUGGACAAGUAUUUUGGCAGUGUUUGUGAGCUAGACAUCAUCUUCAACUUUGAGAAGGCGUACUACAUAUUGGAUGAGUUUAUACUGGGUGGAGAAGCUCAGGAGACUUCUAAGAAGAUUGUCUUGAAGGCCAUUGAACAGGCAGAUAUGUUGCAAGAGGAAGCAGAAGCUCCACGCAGUGUACUGGAGGAGAUUGGACUAACAUAGACCUGAAGAGAACAUACCUAUCUGUCCAUCAAGAAACCUUUUAUUUUUCUUCUUUAGGUUGGUCCUUAUUGUACAUUUGUAUUCAGAUUCAUCAGUCACCAAAACAGAUGUGUUGUUCACCAUCUUGUAUUCAUAUCAUGUAAAAAAAUGAACAUGCCUGGGUUUACUCAAACAUUAAGGGAAAUUACCACACUAACUUGCUUCUCCACACUAAGUCUUCUUGUGGGUAGGUUUCUUGGAGCACUACCUGACAAUGUAGCUGUUAGCAUUAAUUUCUGAGUCAGUAUGUGUAUAACUGUGAGAACUGUAGCCUCAUUAUAACCCAGAACAAGUAAUCUUUAUUAGUCUUUUAAUUGACACUUCUGCAUUAAUAUGCCAUAUUACCUCAUUGUAUGCCCUCCACUGCCUUAAGACUCACUUUCACAGUUGGUGUACUUGGCCAGCAUUUUAUGCAACUUGGUGGAAGUUCAUUUGUGCUCAAUAGAGACUAAAUGCAUCUGUUUGUAAGAAAUUGAAUUAGGUGUUUGGGACCAAAUAUUAUAUGCUGACAAGGAAAAAGGGGAAUAUUAUAAACAGAAUAUAUAAAGACCUGCUUGUAAAUUAUGUGUAAGAUUUAAUAGAUCAAAAUGUAAAAAGUAAUAACUUUCAUUGGUCAGUAUUUUGUGGAUUAAAAAAGGCACAUAUGUCAGUAUUAGAAAUGGCAUUUCUUAGCAUACCGUACUGAGUGUUUCUGUACACUGGGUCUGGAUGCUCCCUGAACAUUUUAGUGGAUUCUCUGCGUUAACAAACUCACUGAAACUUUGAAGGGGUGUGUUAAUGUGCUGAUUAGAUGAAUCAGUUGUGUUAGAUUCUGAGAAACACUAAAAUGUGCAGGGAAGGGUGACUCGUGUAACAAGGCUGAGAGAGACUUUUUUUGGAUAGUUUACCAGGGAUGGAAUAAGCCUAGACUUGGACAAAAGCAGGUGAUUUACCACCUGAAUGGUGAUUUGCCAUUGCAGUUAAGACCAAUAUUAGGUUUAAAUAUUAAGAGAAUUAAGGAUGAGUACAUGCAUUGCAUUGCAUUGCAUUGUUAAAAAGGUAUUUCAUAUUUUGAUUCCUUACUUAAAUGGAUAUCUUAAAACUCUUGCACAGUCAGUGGAAAUGCGUAAUUUUCCCCUGGGGAUCUUGCAAAGAGAAUUCAACAAGAUUUUCAAAGAGAUAACCACAAUAAUGAUGCAUAUUUUGAAUCUUUUCCAGUGUUAUAUCAUUGUUGCACUAAUCAAACACAAGUACAUAGUGACAUUGUAAGCCAUAAUCCCCAUCUGUCCAAUAGAAGAAAAAAGGGAUUUUGGACAAUCUUAAUAUAUGUCUUAUACUAAACACUUAACUCAACUGCUAACUUCAAGAAAUACUUUCCAGGUUUCAGAUUAUUUUUCAUGCCAAAGAACCAACAUUUCUCUUCUAUUCCUUUUCGUAUCAAUGGUUUUCAUUUGACACUGUGAUUCACUAUGUAGCCUAUCUCUUGCAAAUACUAAGGUUCUUUGAAAAUAAAAUGCAAUUUUGUUAAA